GUAUGGGAUCGAUGAAGACGAAGAUGAUGAUGACUGCUAGUCCGAGCCUUGACAUAGAUCAGCUGAGCGACACUGAAUACAAAAUAAAGAUGUACACUACCAUGAAGACGGCCAUCGAUGAUCACUUCACGAUCGGAGUAACAUUUGAGGGCAAGCGUGACGGCAAGACGGUGAAGAUAACGUGCACGCGCGACGAGAACAAGCUGAUCGCUGAGGAGGUGGGCGAGGACGGCGAGAAGGAUCUCAUCAUCAGGGAGGUCAUGCCGGACGGAUCACUCGUUGUGAGAGUGGAAUACAAAGGCGCGAAAGCAACCAGGUAUUUCAAGAAGAAGUAGAACGGACUCGGCACAACGGCAAGCAUUCACACAAGCCCACGACGCUCAUCCCCAUUUCGAUUCCACCGUCUUUGCUGCCUGUAGCGGAUAUGACUGCGGAAGUUGUUGCGAGGUCACCGCGGCGGUCACGCGCGCGUCGCCUCGAGUGUUAUGUCAUCAGCGUCCUAUACUGUUUGCACCUUUUCAGCGAUUCUCUGAGAAACGAGGCCACGCAAACAUUAUAGACGAAGAGGCGGCCGGCGCUUCAUAGAAUCACGCGUCCCCUGCCGGAUUCUGGAUUAGCGACUCUGCGGUGUAGAGUGGGAACGAUGGGUGUAGGCAAAUAUACGCGAGUCUGAUGUCUACACGCGCAGCAGCGCGAGGCAGCUUCUUAUAAGGUAGCUCAUAGACACGCGCACCUACGCUCAAAUUAAUAGGUAGCGAUACCGGAGCGACGAUCACACGCAGGAGGAUCCGUUCUAGAAGCGACCGUGCGUGACGUCACAACCGUGGCGCUGCAACAAGUUUCGACAGUCAUACCCACAGGCACUUGGACCGUUUCAAUAAUAAAAUGAUGGUUAAUAAUAAUAAAUACAACUUGUCAGUAGCCUA